AUGCCAUUCCUCAGUAAAGCAGACAUUGACAACCAGCAAAGGGCCUACGAAAUAUGGAUGCCUGACAGUCCACAAAACAAACUGUUACUUUUUGAACAACGGAAAAUACGGAUAAAAGAUAUGAGCCAUCGCAGUACCGAGUUCAACCUUGAAACUGGUGGUUUCAAGUUUAUUCGACAUGAAACUACAAAACUAGCAAAAACUGCUUCCCAGGUCCAAGUAGGCGGUCGUGAAGCGUUAUCACCGUAUUUGGAUGAGACCAUCGAGCUUGUCAAGCAGCAUACUCAGGCUGAAAAGGUUAUAUGCUUUGAUUGGCGAUUCUUUGUCCAGUUACGCAAAAACGAUACCGCGACAGAGAGACGAGCAGGCAAUGCCGUAAAUGGCAAUCCAGGAGGUGAAAGUUUCGAGUUCAUUCCACCCGCCAAAGUGGUUCAUCAAGAUGAAUCUCUGAAAGGAGGAUUGUUCGUCGCCAAGAGGUACCUUACCAAGGACGAGUUUGCUUCACUAUCCGACAUGCGCGUACGAAUCAUCAACGUUUGGCGUCCCAUCGUGGGGACGAUAGAGGACGCACCAUUGGCUCUGUGCGAUAGACGAUCCGUUUCGCCAAGCGACAUUGAAUCAUGCGACAAGAGUCUGACUGGUUGUGUAGGCGAAGGAAAUUAUCUGCAUUGGAACCCAAAGCAGCAGUGGUAUUGGUGGCCCAAACAAACAAGAGACUUACCGGUUCUGUUCGUGACGUGGGAUUCACUGAAAGAUGACGAGCUGGCCUGUCCACCUCAUGGAUCUUUCUACGAUUACAAGGCAGAUCCUGAAGCACCUCCGCGCGAGAGUAUCGAAGUCCGUACUCUUGUUAUUACUAAUCUCACAGAGUCAAGGGGGAAUGACCAGUGGCUGCAUCCUGGAAUUGAGGACUUGUGA